AUGAUGAAACAGAUCAUUUGCGCGCCGAUACGGCUGAAAGCCGGCCUCCCGGCCGCCAAUUGCCCUCGAUUGAUCUCCCACACUUCUCGUGCCCUCUCUUCCGCCGCCAUCGCACGACGACAAGCCCCGUCGCGGAGCCCGAUUCUCACAUCCUCAUCCGUCUCCCGUGCGCUGCCGUCGAGGAUCACGACGGUCACAUCGCUCGUGUCGACCCGGGCGUAUGCGACGCCGGCGGAGGCGGAGACCCCGAAACCGAAGAAGCGCUUCCGACUCAUUCGAUGGCUCUGGCGGUUGACAUAUCUGGGUGCGGCGGGCGCGCUGGUGUAUGUGGGUUAUGAGAUCUACUUGAUGCGCCAUCCCGCAGAGCAGGAGGUGCCAGAGGAAGGGAAGAAAACGUUGGUGGUUCUUGGCACCGGUUGGGGCUCCGUCUCGCUCCUCAAGAAACUCGAUACGGAGAACUACAAUGUCAUCGUCAUCUCCCCGCGCAAUUAUUUCCUCUUCACCCCGCUCCUACCCUCCUGCACGACCGGCCAGAUCGAACAUCGCUCCAUCAUGGAGCCGGUUCGAAACUUCUUGCGACACAAGAAAACCGCCGUCAAGUUCUACGAGGCCGAGGCGACGAAGAUCGAUUAUAAGAAGAAGGUCGUAUACAUCAAUGACGAGAGUGAAAUCAAGGGUAAUGUGAGGACAUCGGAAAUCGCGUUCGAUAUGCUCGUGGUUGGUGUUGGGGCGGAAAAUGCGACCUUCGGCAUCCCCGGUGUCCGUGAGCAUGGUCUUUUCCUCAAAGAGGUCGGUGACGCUCAGAAGAUCCGCCGACGCAUCAUGGACUGCUGUGAGACCGCCGUUUUCCGGGACCAAUCUCCCGAGGAACGAGCCCGGCUACUGCAUAUGGUGGUGGUUGGCGGCGGUCCUACCGGUGUCGAAUUCGCCGGUGAACUCCAGGAUUUCUUCCAAGAUGAUCUGAGGAAAUGGAUCCCCGAAAUUCAAGACAACUUCCACGUCACCCUCGUAGAGGCUCUACCAAACGUUCUUCCCAUGUUCUCCAAGCAACUCAUUGAUUACACCGAACGCACAUUCAAGGAAGAAACCAUCACCAUCCGUACCAAGACCAUGGUCAAAAAAGUCCACGAGAAGUACAUCGAAGCCGAGUCCACCGGUCCGGACGGCCAGAAAAUCACGGAGAAUAUCCCCUAUGGUCUCCUUGUCUGGGCCACUGGUAACGCUCUCCGGCCUGUCGUGAAGGAUCUUAUGAUGCAGAUUCCUGCGCAGAAGGACUCGCGCCGCGGCCUCCUCGUUAACGAAUACCUCGUCGUGAAGGGUACUGAAGACAUCUGGGCGGUCGGCGACUGCGCCAUCGCCAACUACGCGCCAACGGCCCAGGUCGCCUCGCAAGAGGGCGCGUUCCUGGCGAGGCUCUUCAACAACAUCGCGAAGACCCAGGCCAUCGAGGAUAAGCUAUCCCAAUUGAGCGACCUCCAAUCCAAGGCGCCGAACAAGGAGGAGCGGGAUCAAGUCUUCGCGGACAUCAAGGAACUGCAGAAGCGCCUCCGACGCGUCAAGCAGAUGGGACCGUUCGAAUACUCCCAUCAAGGAUCGUUGGCGUACAUCGGGAGCGACAAGGCGGUGGCGGAUAUCAGCUGGUUGACCGGAAACGUGGCGACCGGUGGUGGCCUGACCUAUAUCUUCUGGCGCAGCGCCUAUCUGAGCAUGUGCUGGAGCAUGAGAAAUAGGAUCCUGGUAGUGAUGGAUUGGGCCAAGACCAAGAUGUUUGGUCGAGACGUCUCGCGGGAGUGA